UUAUUGUUAUAAAUGUCCGCUAGAGGUCAGCAGUUUGUUCUGUCACUGCUCCCCCUCCUCCCACGUUGUAUGUAAUUAAUUAUAACAAGUCAAUUAGGGAGAAAAUGAAGCCAGUUAUUGAGUUGAGACCACAAAGGCCACCAAUUGCCGAGAUCAUUGCUGACCUGGAAUCGGCUUCUGCAGACGACGUUGUAUUCGGAUUGCUAGAUACUUCUGACUUAAUGGACGACAAAUCAAAUUCCUCGAGUGUAGCAACAGAAGAUUCGUUCCUGAAUGACAGUGACACUCCUGACAGCAAUGCCAAUGAUUCAACUACAUUUGACAACCAAGAGAAUUUGGAAGUAAAUGCCAACUAUUCUAAAGUGCUGAAUUUCUUGGAGCUCUACUGUUCCUUGAAGGAAUGUCCACCAGAACUGCGCCAACAAGUUAAUGAACUGCAGACUCUUAGCAGUGAGGUCUCCCAGUCAAUUGCUAAUCUCAAAGAGAAAUCUGAGACACUGUCACCUUUUCAAAACGGUUUGGAUGGAAAAUAAAAAGAUAAUGAGAGAUAGAGAGAGAGAGAUAGAGAGAGAGAGAGAGAGAAAGAGAGAGAGAGAGAGAGAAAAUGAAAUUAUACAAAAAUGUAUUUAAAAACAAAAGAAACUAAAACAAUGUAAUGUGACAAAAAAAAAUCAAGUCUUUUUUUUUUAAGAAAAGUUGAAAAAUGGGAAAAAUAACAUUGUUUAGAUAGACGUGAUUUAAUUUUCUUUCUUUAACUUGUUAAAUGUUAUGUUGUGUUUGCCUGUAAAAAAAGCUGUGUUUCAUAUGUAAUGGACUCAGCAUGUAUAAUGUUGUGACUCAGCAUGUAUUGCAUCUGACUCUAAUAUUGUCCUUACAUGUCUUUGUGUCAAAUGACUCCAUGUGUAAUGUUGUGUCUGCCUGUAUGAGGCUGUGUUUCAUAUAUGUGACAUUGACUCUGCAUGUGUGUUGUGUCUUCAAUAUGUAAUGAUGUAUCUAUAUGUAUAAUGUUGUAUCUUCAUGUGCAAUUGCUGUGUCUACAUGAAUAAUGUUCUUUUAUCUGCUACAAUAGCAUUCUGUCUACUAGAAUAUGUUGUGGCUCUGUGUGUCCAAUAAUAACAUACUGUCCACAUGUAAAAUGUGUCUACAAUAAUGGUUCUCCUACAGUUUUGUGUCCACUUCAACAACGUUCUGUUUACAUGUCACACAAAAGCUCACAAAGCACUUUCUUUUAAAUAUUUGUAGGACAUUUAGGCUGUGAUAAUCAGAGAUAACACUGUAUUUAUUGUUAUUAUUGCCAUAACUAUCAUUUCUUUUGCCCUUGAGCAGAUAUUGCUGAUAUAUCAAGACCUUGAUUCAAUUUUAACUGAUGUCAAUUCACUUCACUUCACUGUUUUAACAAAGGUGUGAGUGGAGUGCUCAGCACUUUCAAUAUAAAGACUUGCUGAUAAAUUGACAGAAACAGAACACAAGACCAAAUGAGUAAAAAGGGUCUUAGUUUAACUCCUGUUGGGGUUUAUGUUGCUUUUCAUCCUUCUAAAGUCGAUAAAACAAAUAUUAGUGACAUAUUGGAAUCAGUUCAGCUUGCCAUAAAGUAUGUAACCUUAUGCCAAUGUAAGAAAUUAUGAUGGUAAUAAUAAUAACAAUCUAUAAUAUUACUUUGUGUCCAUGCAUUCCAGACUGUUUUGUCCAUAUGUUACACUGACGCUAUGGGUGGUAAUAACUCAAAUGGAGAAAUAUAUUUAUAGAGGGAAAAGAGCAGACUAAGAGAGAGAGAGAAGGUUUAUGUCAUUCUGCAAUUGUGUGUUCAAAUCGCAAGCAUAGUCAAAAUGUUUAAACAUAAUGAAACAAUGUCAUGAAGAUUUAUAAAUUUAUGCAUUUAAUGAUAUAUCAAUAGAUUGUUAAAUUAAAGUGAAAUAACCUUGGCAAAUAGCUGUGGGUGUUCUAUUUUUAUCUUUUACAUGUUUGAGACCAAAGGUUGUGGCCAUGCUAGGGCACUACUAUUAUUCCUUUUUUUUUUCUUUUUGUUAUUUAGUUUAAAUGCUUAUUGGUAUUAUCAGAAUAAACAGACACAGAAGGAAAUGUAGAUAUGAUAGUUAUUUAGCUACAUAUUUAGAUAGAUAGGUAUGUAGGUAAGUCUACAGAUAUGUCAACUGAGAGAUAUAUUAAUAGAUGUGUGGCUGGGCUGAAAUGAAAAUAAUCUCAAUUGGUACAAAACUUGGAUUGAGCGUUGGUGGUGAUUGGACAGUGAACAGUGUAGUUCAUAUAUAUGCAUGCAUGCAUGCAUACAUAAUACAUACAUGAAUAAGUGUUUAAUUCAUCUUUUAUUUUCUUAACCUACAAAGCACAUCAUAUAUGUCAAACAUAAAAAAAA